UUACUAGAUAUUGAUAAACAUCGAGCAGGACGUGCAGUUAGUUACCGUUUCGGUAUCGCACCCUUCACAACCUCAGAUGAAACAGAUCGUCGUAAUGCAGUCUACAAUAGUCAGACCGGAAACAUUGAAAGGGUGGUCAGAGUUGAGACCAGAGCCAACUAACUCAGCCAUAAAGCGACGACUAAAGGGGACAGUUAGACCGCAAGAACAUGCUGACCCCUUAAAAGAGCAGGAGUCGUUUGACACCAACGUUCAGUUUUAUCGAGAUCCAAUAUUAUUGACCAUAGUGGCAGUAGGAGUUGUUGCAAUCGUUUUUGUCAUUAUUGGUUUUGGUCUCUAUCGGCAACGAAAGCGACAAAAAAGCUACGAAGAAUUCGGACGAGAUUCGACAACUGAAUAUUAUUCGAAGAGAUCAACGGAUUCGUCUGUUUAUGGGGGUAUAACACAAGAGAAACCUGUAGAUUUUAUCCAUUCGGCCAUGCCUCUUACCGUUCUGCAGAGCCCAGACGAAACAUCUUUAUCAUCUGGUUCAUCUCCAGAUGCCAUAAUGUGGUCCAGGCUCACUUUGAUCGACAAUGGAACACUAGACCUCUCUGAAUCCUCACUCUUCGAUGAACUAAAUCCGGAUUUGUACAAAGUCGACCAGGACGAUAGUGGAGAGGAGUUUAUCUUCCCUGUUGGCCACAGGGGUCGGAUCUGGUUCAGUUUAGAGUUUGAUGCUGUAAAGGAAAGACUCAUUGUACAUUUAAUCAAAGGAAAGAACUUUCCUUCCAGGACGCUGGGUUCCGUCAGUUGCUGUGAUCCGUUUAUGAGAAUUUUCCUGCUUCCAGAUGAAACUUGCCACCUUCAAACGAAAGUACUGAAGAAAACAUGCAACCCGAAGUUUGAAGAAUGGUUCGUUUUUCAGAUUCCCGGCAAAGCAAUAGAAGAACGAACUUUGAAGUUCUCCGCCUUCGACAGUAACAGAGGGAAGCGACAUAGCUUCAUAGGUCACGUGGUCUAUCCACUGAAGUGCUCUGACUUUACAACCAAUGGGAACUUGAUUAUCUGGAGAGACUUGGAGAAAAACGCAGAUGAGGUUUCUUCCGAUCUUGGUGAGCUACUGGUCAGCCUGAUUUAUAGUCAAACUUUGGAACGUUUAACUGUUACAAUACAUGAGGCUCAAGGUCUUCAGCUACCAGAGGAUUCCUGUUUUAUAGAUUCUUAUGUCAAGCUAAAGCUAUUGGUGGACAAUAAACCAGUGAAAAGAAAGAAGUCCGUCAUGGUAAAAAAAACGACUGAACCAAAGUACAAUGAAACCUUUAUUUUUCGCCUUGCUCCUAACUGUGUUAACACAGCCAGUUUGCUCCUGCAAGUAAUGAUGGCAAAUGGAAAUUCAAAAGAUAAGUGUCUAGGAAGAAUUAUCCUAGGAUCCUACAUGUUUGGCAGAGCCAAAACUGAGGAACAUUGGAAUGAAGAAGUGUCGGAAAAAUACCAUCAGGUUCGUUACUGGCACAAACUGACGUAAUACCUAGAGAAUAUUGAGAGGCCAAUCGCGUUCGAAGCAUGCCUUUGCUGAUUGUUUUACCCCUAACCAAGGAGUUUAUAAACUCGUCGUCCUGUAAUGUUCCUAAUCACGUGUGAUUCCCGUAGGUGAAUAUAUAGCAUAAAAGAAAAAAAAGACUUAAAGGAAAAUUAAAAAAAAACAUAUCACAACUGAAAAUAAUGUAAUGCGCAACAUCUGCAGUCAAGCAUAAAGAUGAACACAUCUAACUAAAAAUAUUGUUUCGUUCGAAGUAGAUUUUUGUCGCGUAAGUCUGGUAACCGGAAAAUAUUUCCUAGAUACAACUUAAACAUAGCGUUGAAAGGUAUACAAAGCACUUGAAAUUAACAAGCAUAAGUAAUAUCGUAUUCAAUUAUGUUUUGUUUCUUAGGUAGUUUGUGUAGUAUUUAUUUUAUAGAAGCAACGACAUACUAAAUAGAGCAAUUGUUUCUGACAAAAAUAAACAUAUAGGCCUUUUUGUAAUUAAAAUAUACAUUAUAGUUAACUAUAUCGGUCUAAGAAGUGAAUUUAAAACAUUACAUCGGACUACAGAUGUUUUCUCGCAAUUCCCUUAGUUAGUCCAAUGAACAUCUUUAAACUACAAGUGUGAAAACAUACAUUUAAGAUUUUUUUGUCUACCAUAUCUCACAGUAGGAGGCCUUUUUCUCAUAAUUAGAUCACGCCAUCUAGGCUGGAGACGUGUAACUGCCAAAAAUCCAUCUAUAUUAUUAUUAUUUGUAAAUAGUGCUAACAACUCCAAGUUAUGGCAUUAAACCUGAAAACUUUAAAGUCUGUUCUGAUAUUUAGCGAAAUUCUUUCUGUCAGUAACCUGUGAAAGGCAAAUUAACUUAAAUACUAAUUUCACAUACAUUUCACGCUUCGCCAGAUUAGAUGUUUGACAUCUCAUGUUCUACUUACAUUUUUCUAAAGGUCCA